UGUUUCUUGUUCGGCAGGGAGGCGAUGCUGAGAAGGGCUUCUUUCCACAUCGCCAAGGCGACUCGUGUAAACAGAAGCAAGUGGGCUCCUCAGCAAGCUCUGAGCCCCAGUGAGGGCUGCAUGUUGUGAGUUGUAAUGGCGUCCAAUGGUCAGAACGCCGAUGGAGGCAGAGCUCGAGGUCCCAAGGAGGCCUCUGCGGAGGAGAGAGCCAUACAAACGAUGAUGGACAAGGGUGAGCAAGACCUAGCGAUGAAGAGAGAAGCCAGGGCAAGAGCGCGUAAACUUCGCUUUGAAGAGCUUCAGCGACAGAAGGAGAGUGAAGAGCGUGAAGGUGAUGGUGCCAGUGCAGCACCUAGAAGUACUAGCUCCUCAAUGAGACUAGAUUUAGAGGAGAACUUACCCGAGGACCCGUCUGAACGGCUUGUCUUCAUCAACCAGCAGCUGAAAGACACACUGCUGUUGAAUUCACAGCUACAUUCGGACAAGAUGCAGCUCGUCUACCAACUGGAUCUCUACAAGGAUAGACUUGAAGAUUUCGACCAGGACGUGAUCGAGCUGAAGCACUAUAACCGCGCCACCAAGCAAGACCUGGCUGUCACUCAGCACCAGCUGCAGCUACACGAGCAACAGGUGCUGCGCCUCCGCCAGGAGAUCGAGGCGCGCGACACCUACCUCAAGGACUGCAACAUCCCCUGGCCCCCGCCACCCAAGGAGGACGUCGAGCCAGCCAAGGGGCCCGACUCGGCGUGCGACAGCGAGAGCAUGUUGCCUCCUCUGGACGGGCAAUGGUCGCGGUCGGCGUCGCGUGGCAACUCCUACGACAUGGACGACCUGAAUGGCGACGACAAGAAGAAGAAGAUGGACUCGCAUGCGCGCGAAAAGCAGUUCCUUCUCGAACAGAUCGGCCGCUUAAAACAGGAAGUAAUACUUCUCAAGAACGAGUUGCAGAGCCAGGCGCUCACUGCGGCGGGUGCAGAGAAUGGCGCAGUCGGCCGAGACGUCAUGCGUGACACAGCACGUCUGCUAAGUGAGUACAAGACCAAGCUGCUGGCUUUGGAAACAGAUAAGACAAGACUGGAGGGUCAGAUGCAGCGUGCCGACACGCAGCUGAAGCGCUUACGAACACAGCGCGAGGAAGCGGAGAAGCUGGAGGAUGAUUUGAAAUCUGAACGCCGGAAACUGCAGCGAGAUGUACGACAAGCCCUCAGUCACGCUGAGGAGCUGGAGUUGGAGAACGAGCGACUGCAGAAGCGCAUUGAGACACUGCGCAAGCGUCACCAGAAGGAAUAGACCAGCAGUGUGUGCGUGUGUGUGUGUGUGUGUGGAGACCCGUUCCAGGAUGGCGCUUUACUCUCUAUUUACGGUGCGUGUAUGUGUACGUGUGUGUGUGUGUGCGCGCGUGUACGUGUGUGUGUGUGUGUGUGUGCAUGUCACUGUUGACAUCUGCGACCAGGUCCAUCUUCUUUUCCUCUUGACUAUAUUUGGAGAUUCUUGAGUUUAUCUAAUAUCCUGCGUACGCGUGCUGUGGUGUGUGGCUGUGUGCACUUGCACAUAAUACAGCUUGAGCGCAAGUAUUAUGUACGGCUGAUUGUUAUGCUAUUUAGGCGCUUCUCUUGUUGCUGAGAGGCCCCGGACUAGGGUCUGCAGAUGUAUGUCUGUAUGUACUCUGCUCCUGUUUUCUUGUGUCUUUGUGUGUGUGUGUUACAGCGUACCCGCUUCUUUUUGUUGGUGUGAAGUGUUUGCGUGGCUUGCCCGCUAGCAGACUGCUGCACUAUCACGUCUGCGUGGUGUUUUGUCUUUUGCGCUUAGUUUGCCCGUCCGUCGCGUUUGUCGCCACCAUCAAGUAGUUUGCCUGUGUGUUUGGCAAGCCACCGAUUUGAGCCCUAUCCGCCCCUCUUAGUUUCCUCCCCGAAUCCUCCAAACAAGCACGUGCACAUCUCGUGUGCGUGUGUGUGCGUUUGUUCAUGUGCCCACUGCGGGAUCGGCUACUGGCAGGUGUGUACAUUUUCGUGUCUUCAGAUGCGGCCUGCUCCCCCAUCGCUGGCUGUAUUGUGAGUGGUGAAGAGCUAUGGUUCUCCCGUGGCGCUGUUGUCAUCAAACAUAAUGGCACUCUCCAGUUAUUCUCUUCCCCCUUCUUCGUUUUUCUUCCUCUCUUUACUUGUUCUGAACGUCAUUCUCUCCGCCCCUGUAGCCACAUUGUUGUUAUACCCUAACAGCCCAGCCCUUAUUCCCUUCGCACAGCGCAACUGCUUCUAUCACUACCUUUUCUUUCCUUCCAGUAUAUUCGUUCCUUUCUCUCUUAGUUGUGUGUGUAUAUAUAUGCUUUAUGAUUAUAGAACACCAUUAUUAUUGUUAUUAUUAUUAUUAUUGGUACGUGACGGCAAAUAUACCAAUUGUCAUUCGAUGCCUGCAAUCUGCUAUGUGAUUGCUACGGCUUCCUUGACGACAACGCA